CCUUGGAUCACAGAUAUUAACAAGCAGCGGCUUCAUCCUGAACAAUGCGAUGGAGAUGGCGCCCAUGGUGGGAAGCCGGGCAACACAUCUCGCUGUUCCAUUCAUCUGUGUGCAGAAUCUGUUUGUAUGCGGCAACGCUUCAUUUCAGGUGCUCCUGAUGUUAGAGACGGACUACAGCUAAUUUUUAGACUGUUGGACUCAGAAACAUACUACAAUACAAGUCUUCAGUCACUGGUGGAUGCCCCACGUGUACGAUUUACAGCCUCCACCAAUGAAGUACAGGCAUGGGCCGAGGACAGACAUGUGCCAGCGUUGAGUGGAGCUGAAAUGGCGGCGCUGAAAGAACUGGGUUUCAAGCUGACAAUGGCCCAACUGCCCUACCCCAGUUUGAAUGUCAUCCGCAAAUUUGGCGACACUGUCGAUCCCUACGCUGAUCCUCGUGGAAUGGGUGAAGCUAUUCAUUUUUAACUGUGUUGACAAUAAUAAUUAUUGUUAUUGGUUUAUUAUUGUGAAAUAACUUGGAAUCAGCGUAGAAACCUGGCUGUUGUAAACUGACUUCCCAAUCGGAUUGCACUAUGUACGUUUAACUCUAGUCUAAGUUUACAUAAAUAUAAUUAUGGUCUCAUUCGUUAGAAUGUGUUGCAUAGUAGUCCAGUCACUAUACACAUUGGUGCAUGAAAUUUAUAUUGUGGUUCUGAUUUUUUGAUAUAUUAUUUGGGUACAUAAGAGAA